UUUAACAAGUAACUGAUCCUAUACAUUCAUGUCCUUGUACAAUAUGUUCCGAUUGUGAACUAUUCAUUAAAAUCUAUAUCAGAUGGAAUUUUAUAUGAUGAUUCUGUAAUGUGUCUAACAGAUGACAUUUUUUAAUGAAAGAUGCACCUUCACAAUGCGGCAAUAGAUUAAGUUUACUAGCUGGGAGAGGAAUGAUUUGAACAUCUCGAACGCACUUUGACAUUUAAGUACCGUUUUGCUUAAAGGAUCCGAAUUAAACUUCCAGAGUGAUAAUUCAAACAAUAUUAUGAAUAUAUCCAAGAAAGUGUGAUGACGUUACACUGAGACAAUGUCUUCUGCUAUUGGUGCGUACGUAUCCCCUAAGACACAUUAUGCUCGGCUUGGUCAUGCUACACAGAAUUUAUUACCAAGUUUCUUACAAGAGGUUCUUCUGCAUUUUGAAAAUCCCGGUCAGAUUUAUAUCAAUUGCAGUCGAAAUAAGUUUUUAAGUCGUCGCCUCAAACCGGGAGAAUGGGCAAAACUUGGCAAUGCUGUACAGUAUGGAUACUUUGACUUUGAUAUUCCACUUAUAUAUUCUAUUCUACGAAAUCUGCAUGAUCCAAAUGCUCGACCAACCAGGGGAUGGGAACAUCCUAUCGAGCCAUGGGUUAAUGAAAUCGAAAUUGGAGAUGAUAUGGAAAGAUGUCGUAGAAUACGAAAUGAAAUUAUACACAGAGGAAAUACCAGAGUAAACGAUCAGGAAUUAAAUCAAUAUUUCUAUGUAUUCAAGACCAUUGCUGAAAGAUUAGAAAAGUUUUGUGGAAAAUGUAAUAAUGAGUUUGUGAUGGAAGUAGAUCACUUAAAAAUAUGCUGUAUGGACGAGGCUACUGAACUUAAGUAUUUAGAUGACCUUACGGAUUAUCAAGAAAAAGACAAAGAAAAUGAGUCAAAAAUAUCAGAUCUGGAACUCAAACUUAGCGCUAUAAGUCUAACAGGAUCAAGUGGAGACGUCGAAAUUAUUGAAACUCUUCAAGAUUUAAAGUGUGUCGAGGGUGUCAGCGUGACUUUACAGUGCUUACUUACCGGACCUGAGCAUCAAGCGAAAUGGUAUAAAGACGGCAAAGAAAUUCUAUUUGACAAAGAAGUUACGCGAGCACAUUUAUGUUUUCUGGAGAAGGAUAUCAAUGUUCAGGCUUACAAACUAAUUUUUCCAAGGAUUAAACAGGCGGAGAGGGGUACAUAUACGUUGCAGGUUGCAGAUCAACGGUGUGAAUGUUUCCUUGAUAUUACAGAAAGAACACCUACAUUAAUAAAUCUCCGGCAGUACCAGGAAGAACUUGCCGAGGUAGCUUUAACUGGUAAAAAUACUAUCAUAUGCGCUGGUACGAAUUCAGGAAAGACUUAUAUAGCAUUCCACAUCAUAGAAGAUCAUCUAAUAAAACAUCCUGAAGGUAAGGUUGCGUUCAUCAACAGAACCAAUAUUCUCUUGGGACAACAAUAUGAAAGAGCAUGCGGUGUAUUUUUAACUCUGUUCUAUCAGAGAAAGAUCAAUAUAUGGAAAGCAGAAGAAGAUGACAACGAUUACUUCAUCCAUAAGGUCAAAAAUUCAAGUUUAAUGUUUUUGACUCCUCAAUCAUUGAGCAAUCAUCUCACAGAGAAAGCAAAAACACCCAUUUCAAUAUCGGAGUUCACAUUGAUCAUACUUGAUGAAUGUCAUCACACUUUUGAUAACAGUAAUUAUAACGAAUUGAUGGCAUAUUAUAGAAAGGCUAAAUACGGGGAAAAGCUGUCAUCUUUGCCUCAGAUUUUGGGAUUGACAGCAUCACCAGGCACAAAGAAAGCAAAAGAUUUAAACUCUGCAAAACAUCAUUUACGUACUGUGAUGACAAAUUUAGCCGCCUCGAAACUGUCUAUUGUAAAACAUAAUGAAGAAGAACUCUUACAGUACACCACUAUUCCUGAAAAAGUAUUUAUAAGGUCCAAUCCACGCCAAGACGAUCCAUUGAAAAACAUUGUCAUACUUGCAAUGGACCAUGUAGAAAGCAUGUUCAAUUGUCGAAAAGUCUCAGGCUUUUUUAUCGAGCAUAUGAAUGAUUGCAAAGACUUGUAUGAUGCUUUAAAUAAACCACCAAAACAAAGGUCCGAAAUCCGUUAUAUCCAAUGGAUUGCAGAGACUAAAGAUAAAGUUGAGCAUGUAAUACACAAAGACCCGAAAAUACCACGUCUACUUCAUGCAUGUUUCAGACACUUAGAGCUUUACGCUGAAUGUUUGGAAGUGAAUUCUUUGCUGGAGGUUGAUCAAGUUUGUAAUGUUAUUACACAAGGAUACGCAGAUGAAUCCGCUGCAAGUCAAAAUGCAAAAACCGACGAAGAGACAGAAAUUGUCAAUAAAUUAAAAGAGGUGUUUGUUGAUAUCCGGGAGAUUGGACGACAAAUUGAAAAAAAUCCUGAUGUUAAAGCACUAAUUGAAUUACUAGAUGGGGAAUAUCACAAAUGCAAAGAAGACUCCAGAUUCCUAAUAUUUGUUAAAACUAGAGCAACAGCAAGGGCCCUCGUAGAUGUUUUACCUGAUUAUCUCAGAAGUACUUACCUGACUGGAUCACACAAAUGUAUAGCCGAGGACGGCCUACCAGCUUCUGAGCAGAAUGCUGUGCUAGAUAAAUUCAGAAAUGGUGACCACCUGUGCGUUGUUGCAACAUCAGUUGCUUCUGAGGGAUUGGAUAUUCCAUUAUGUAAUUUGAUGAUACGUUACAGAUUUAGAGCUAAUGAAAUAAGCAGCCUGCAAAUGCGAGGGAGAGUUCGUCGAAGUAGACAAGGAAAAGAAGUCCAUGUUGGCACGUUUGGAGAAUUUGAAACAGAAGAGAAAAACAUCGAGAGACAGUACUUAAUGACGAAAGCAAUUAAAGAUGUCUGUGAACUUGAUAUUGAUAUAGCUUAUGCCGAAAAAGAUGUUUAUCAAAUGGAAGAGAUGGAAAGAAACUCUAAAAUUUUGAAGAAAAAACAACGGCGACAAGCUUUAUUUAGAGUCCAUUGCAAAUACUGUGGAGUUGUAAUAUCACAUGGAACUUUUAUGCGACACAUUGAUGAGAAAUUCUUCCUCGUUUGUGAUAAAGGAGUACUUCGACGAGUUGAGCAGAGAGAAUUGCCAAAAAAGAAAAUGAGAAUAAUUGACGGUUGUCAUAAGCGUUUUAAGGCAUUUGGUCUUGAAUGCGGGCAUGACUGGGGAUCCAUUUUUAUUUAUAAAGAGUGUGAAUUUCUUGUUUUGUCACAAGAAGGCACUAAAGUGUUUGACAUUGGAAAUGAUAAAUUCACAGAUUGUCGGAAAUGGAAUGACUUACCGUUUACAAUCAAUGAGAUGACUGAUGAAGACAUUGAAUUGUAUAAAUCACAACUAUAA